AUGGCCUGCCGCUCUCGCCGCGUCCCCCCGUCCCUGGCCUGCUGUCCCCUGGCGCUGUCCCCCGGCGUCCUCCAGCUCCUGCACAGAGACCUCCGCCUUGGACUGUCCCUUGGUCUAUGUUCAGAUGUCACCCUGGGUCGUCCACAGUGCCUCAUCCCCCCUCGGCCCAUGGUCUCGGCCACCAUCGGGACCACAACUUUGUUUCCUGUGAAGACAGUGCCUGAGUGCCGGAGUAUCCUAACCCUGCUUGCUGUCUCUUUGCCCCUGCAGAAUCUGUACCAGAACAGGUUUUUAGGCCUGGCCGCCAUGGCAUCUCCAUCCAGAAACUCCCAGACCCGGCGCCGGUGCAAGGAGCCUCUCCGCUACAGCUACAACCCCGACCAGUUCCACAACAUGGACAUUAGAAGCAGCCCCCAGGGCAGCGUCACCAUCCCCCGCUCCACCAGCGACACUGACCUGGUCACCUCGGACAGCCGCUCCACGCUCAUGGUCAGCAGCUCCUACUACUCCAUAGGGCACUCGCAGGACCUGGUGAUCCACUGGGACAUAAAGGAAGAAGUGGACGCCGGGGACUGGAUCGGCAUGUACCUCAUCGAUGAGGUCUUGUCUGAAAACUUUCUGGACUAUAAGAAUCGUGGAGUCAAUGGUUCUCAUCGGGGCCAGAUCAUCUGGAAGAUAGAUGCCAGCUCCUACUUCGUGGAAC